AUCACCUUGGCCACUGCACUUGAUACAGUCUCCUGCAGACAGGGUCCGGACUAAGUGCUGCAGGCACACAGGCAGGCUAGCACCAACAUCUCUGAGCCAUCUGUGAGCAUUAACCCUGGAACAGAAGUAGAGUCCAACGAGAGGGGAGCAAAAAAAAAUGGGAGUUGAGAAAAUGGAAAUGGAAGACACAGACUCUACUCUUAUGGAGAAAGGCAAGAAACCACCUGUGUCCAGACCCCCCAACAAAUAUGAGACGCUGUUCCAGCCCUGCCUGGCCGAGAUAGUGGGGACCAUGUUCUUUGUGUUCAUUGGCUGCGUGUCCGUCAUCGAGAACGUGCCAGCAGCUGGACGGGUGCAGCCGGCUCUGGUGCACGGGCUGGCUGUGGCGGUGAUGGUGGCGGUCAUGGACAACAUCAGUGGCUCCCAUUUCAACCCCCCCUUCACUAUUGCCAUCUACCUGUGCGGAGGCAUGGAGCUGAUGAUGGUGGGGCCAUAUCUUGUCAGCCAGCUGAUUGGAGGAGUCCUUGGAGCAGGAAUGUCCAAGUUAAUGACCCCUGCACAACGCUAUCACAAUGCCACAGGAGCAGCGUUUGAUAUCCUCAAGUCAGAGAGCCAGCUGUCCGGGGCCAUCUUUGGGGAGGUGGCUAUGACCUGCAUGGUCACCAUGGUGGUGCUGCUGGUGGCAGUCAACAAGAAGACAAAAACCCCAAUGGCUCCUUUCCUGGUGGGCUGCACCGUCAUCAUCUGCAUCCUGGCAGGGGGUGAUGUAUCAGGGACGUGUCUGAACCCUGCCAGGGCUUUCGGUCCGGCUGUGAUGGCAAACUACUGGACCUACCACUGGGUCUACUGGGCCGGACCCAUAGGAGGAGGUCUGGUGGCUGCUGCUUUGCUCAGGCUCAUACUCGGUGAUAACAAGUUACGAGUCGUUAUGAACUCAUAACACCUUCUAGCCCGUUUAUUGCCCAGGCGAC